AUGGGGGCUUGGGCCCUGCUGCUGCCUCUGCUCCUGGCCGCGGCCCGGGCUCAGGGCUGCUCGGUGAACCAGACCGUCUUUGAAAUCGAGGAGAACACGGUGCUCAAUGGGUCCCUGGUGGACAUCCAGGUCCCCGAGGGCCAGACGGUGACCCUCGGGCCCUUGUCCACCCCCCACGCAUUUCGGAUCCAGGAGAACCAGCUGUUUCUCAACGUGACGCCCGACUAUGAGGACACGACGAUGCUGCUGGCAGACCUGCAGUGCCGGAGAGGAGACACUGUGGUGACCCAGCUGAAAGUGUUUGUGACCGUGCUGGACGUCAACGACAACCCUCCCGUGUUCCCCUUCGAGGUCAAAAGAAAGGAGGUGCCCGAGGACACGAAAGUGAACACCAUCGUCAUCCCCCAGGAGGAGCUGGCGGCCACGGACCUUGACCAAAGUGACAUCUUGUUCUAUACCCUCCAGGAGGUGACACCGGGUGCCGGGAGCGUCUUCUCCCUGGUGGGCGCCAACUUCCCUGCCCUGCGGCUGGACCGGCCCCUGGACUUCGACAGGAGUCAGAACAUGACCCUCCUGCUGCGCGUGCGGGACACCCCGGAGGAGAACACAGUGCCCAGCCACAGCGCCACGGCCACGCUGGUCCUGGAGGUGCAGCCCGCGGACCUGCGGCCGCCCUGGUUCCUGCCCUGCCUCUACUCAGACCCUCACGUCUGCAUCCAAGCCCAGUACCACGGGGCCGUCCCCACAGGCCACAAACUGCCAGCCCCCCUCACCCUGCGACCUGGGCCCAUCUAUGCCGUGGACGGGGAUCGGGGCAUUGACCAGCGGAUCAUCUACAGCGUCCUGCAGGGAAAUGAGGACGGCACUUUUGUCAUCAACGCCGACUCGGGCAACCUCACCAUGGCCAGGAGCGUCCCCAGUCCCAAGACCUUCCUUUUGCUGGUCAAGGGCGAGCAGGAGGACCGGGCCCGGUACUCGGUGACCCGGGUCACGGUGGAGGCCCGUGCCGCCGCGGGGAGCUUGCCCCGGUUCCCGGAGAGCCUGUACCGUGGCGCGGCGCCUCUGGGCUCUGGUGUGGGCGUCACCGUCAAGGACGCGGCCGACCCCUCCCAGCCCCUGAGGAUCCAGGCCCAGGACCCCGAGUUCCCAGACCUCAACUCGGCCAUCACCUACCAAAUCACCAACAACUCCAACUUCCGGAUGGACGGGGAGGCGGUGCUGACGGCCGCCCCGCUGGUGCAGGCUGGCGUCUUCUAUGCGGAGGUGCAGGCCAACAACACGGUGACAUGGGGCACAGCCACCACCACCCUGCAGAUCCAGGUCUCCGAGCAGGAGCCGACCCCCACAGGCCCCCCAGGCUCCCCAACACCCCCCGAGACUGGAAGAACAACCCGGCCUGCAAGCAGCUCCACUCCGGAACCCCCCAGACCCCCCGAGCCUUCUCAGAAACCCCCCACGACCACCUCUGGGGGGAGCAUGGGCCCGCAUCCCCCCUCAAGUAGCUCCACUCCAGAACCCCCCAGACCCCCCGAGCCUUCUCAGAAACCCCCCACGACCAGCUCUGGGGGGAGCACCCCGCACCCCCCUUCAAGUAGCUCCACUCCAGAACCCCCCAGACCCCCCGAGCCUUCUCAGAAACCCCCCACGACCACCUCUGGGGGGAGCACCCCGCACCCCCCUUCAAGUAGCUCCACUCCAGAACCCCCCAGGCCCCCCGAACCUUCUCAGAAACCAUCCACCACCAGCUCUGGGGCGAGCACCCCGCACCCCCCCUCAAGUAGCUCCACUCCAGAACCCCCCAGGCCCCCCGAGCCUUCUCAGAAACCCCCCACGACCAGCUCUGGGGGGAGCAUGGGCCCGCAUCCCCCCUCAGGCACAACUCUGAAGCCACCUGCCUUGUCCACGCCUGGGGGCCCCUCGAGUGUUGGAACCAGCACCUCCCCCUCAUCAGCCUCGUCUAGUGGGGGCUCACAACAGACCUCAAAGCCAGGUACCUCCCAGACGGCGGUGGUGUGGCCUGCAGGCUCGCCCGGGGACGUUGGCAGCGGGCAGGACCUGCGCUUCUCGGUGGCGGAGAUGGGGGCCCUGGGCGGGGUGCUGGGCGCGCUGCUGCUCCUGGCGCUCCUGGCCCUGGCGCUCCUGGUGCACAAACACUACGGCCCCCGGCUCCGGUGCUGCGCCCGCAAAGCCCUGGAGCCCCAGCCCUGCGGCUUCGACAACAUGGCCUUCCUCCCCGACGACCGCGAGCCCAGCUGGUCUCCGGCGCCCAGCCCCGGCCCCGGCGGCGCCCCAGCCGAGGUCCCGCCCGCGCCCGCCGCGCCCUCUCCGCCCACGCCCCCGUUGCCCGCGCCUCCCGCGUCCCCCUCCCCGUCGUCCCCCGGCCAAGCCCCCGAGUCCUCCGCGGCGGCCCGGGACGAGGGCGGGCCCGCGGGCGUGAGGUCCAUCCUGACCAAGGAGCGGCGGCCCGAGGGCGGCUACAAGGCCGUGUGGUUCGGCGGCAGCGUCGGGGCGGAGGCCGACGUGGUGGUGCUCAACGCGCCCGUCUCGGACGCGGACGGCGCCGGCGACUCCGGCAGCAACACCGGCAGCGACUCCGGCGGCGAAGGCAGCGGCGACGAGGGCGCGGACGCAGGACCUGGCUGGGGACCCCGCGCCGACGCGCCCGGCACCGACUCCACCUACAUCUAG